AUGUCUGACUGGGACGCUAAACUUGUCAUCGGGUCGAAGGCCAAAGUUCCCAAAGUCACACGAUCAGAAUCGGAGCUCAACUCUGCUCGCCGCUCUGGAGCCGUCGUUUCCAGCGACAAGAAGAUCACUGCGGGUUCGAACAAGGCGCAUGCAGGCACCGACCACCAGCGGAUAGCCAAGCUCGACCGUGAGAACGAGGUUGCACCACCGACCAAGGUGGCUCCGUCUGUUGGACGUGCAAUCAUGGACGCGCGUGCUUCACUCACCCCACCGCUGUCGCAGAAGGAUCUCGCGCAGAAGAUUAACGAGAAACCAUCUGUCAUCGCCGACUACGAGUCUGGUCGGGCUAUUCCGAACCCGCAGGUUCUGGGCAAGAUGGAGCGCAUCCUUAAGGUGAAACUGAGAGGUGCGGACGUCGGCAAGAAGCUCGACACGCCUGGGGCGAAGAAAUAG